AGAAUGACGCUUUUAAAAAUUCAAGCAAGCAAUUGACUCAGACCGAAGGGUGGAUCUACUUAUUUACUAGCGACAUAAUUUAUUUGGAUACUUUGACAAUCCCGUAACACUACCUAAACACACAUAGCAAUUACUGCCUAGUAGGUACCUACCUACAAUCAUAGAGCCAAAUCCAGUCAACUUAAGAGGUAGAAUAAAGAGCCCUCGCUAAGUUCACUCUAUACACCUCAUAAAAACUAUUGCACUCUGGCUAGCCUAUACUUAAUUAAGCAGCUGCCCUUCCGCUGCUACCCGGCGCUGCGCACUCUCCAGGCUCGGCUUACACUAGCAUCGCCGGCCGCGCGCAUACAUAGCUUCCACACUAGAAGCGCUUGCUACAGCAAAAACAAGAGGAACAGGUUAGAGAUGGCGGACGACUUGCUCGCCGAGGCCGCCGCUGAGCGAAUGGAGGGCAUGGCGCUUAGGGGUAAAGGCAGAGGGGGACGGGAUCGACGCGGUGGCGGUAGAGGAGGUGGAAAGGGCCUAGACCGCGAGGUGUUGAUUUCGAAGGCGCUGUCGUCGCUGCUCCGACAUCAGGCUGAGAACGCGGGGAUUAAGCUUGAUGCUGAGGGGUACGCGCCGCUGGAUAAAGUGAUCCAAUGGCCGCGCAUCCGCUCGCUCAACCCGUCCUUCGACGAGAUCCGCUCCUCGGUCGCGGACAACGCCAAGCAGCGCUUCGCCAUGAAGCCCAAGGACCCAUCUGUCGCGGAUCCGGAGAGCGCGCCGGCCGACCCAGCCGCGUGGCUGAUCCGCGCCAACCAGGGCCACAGCAUCGCGCUCGAGGCCGAGGAGAUACACAAGCCCGUCACUCUGGAAGACGCUAACGUGCCGCCGAUCGUCGUCCACGGCACUUACUUCGCCUUCUGGCCCGCGAUCGUGGCGUCCGGCGGGCUGAAGCGCAUGGGCCGGCAGCACGUGCACUUCGGGACGGGGCUGUUGCCCGAGGACGGCGAUGCUGGUGCUACUAGCCAAGGGGGAGUGGUCAGCGGCAUGAGGUCCGAUGCGGAGCUGCUCAUGUUUGCGGACGUGGAGAAGAGCCUGAGAGAGGACGGCGGGAUUAAGUGGUGGAUCAGCGCGAACGGGGUCGUGCUGACGGAUGGGAACGAAGACGGUCUGGUGCCGCUGAAGUAUAUCAAGGAGGUGAGGGGGCGCAAGCAGGGCGUGGGCGUCUUGUGGCGCGACGGCGAGAAGGUAGCGGAUUUACCGCCGGAUAUUGUCGUGAAGGCACCUUUUGGGAAGGGUAGAGGGGGUAGGGGUGGGGGUGCAGGACGGGGAGGAAGAGGUGGAAGGGGGGCAGGCCAGGGGGAGGCAAAGUGAAUGAAUGGUCGAUAACGCAAGAAGGAUGAGCGCGUGGAAAAUAUGUGUUACUUAGAUCAGGGACACGUAGAAAUGAUCACGAUGCUAAGCCC